AUGUUAGAUUCGGGUGAUCUACAGACUGAAAAGAAUAAAGUUUCUGUAGAUGUUGUGAACAAGAAAAGAACGCUCAAGUCACAAGCCCAAGUGUGGGCUCUCGAAAAUGCCUACAAAGGUAGUAAAUCUUCUCACAAACUGGCAGUACAGAUUGGGUUGACAGAAAAGCAGAUAUCUAGUUGGUUUUGUCACAGAAGGUUGAAAGACAAAAGGAGAGAUGAAUCCUAUCCUAAAGGGCGACAAGAACAUUCAAGUGGUGUUAUUCAGGAUCGUGUUAGUGGGCUCAGGCAAGAUUCUUUUGGCAGUAUUAAGAAGGGUGAUUAUAGGAAUAUUGAUCCAAGAGAAGUUGAAAGUCGAAGGAUUUAUGGCCAAGAGUUUCAUUCUGCUGACCUCAAAUACGGGCGCAGGAGUCAUCAAAAUACAUAUGAUGACCAUAUGGGGUAUACAUCUUCUGAAAGUAGUUUGUCUUUACAUGAUCAGCCUUUUUCUGAAAGUAUGGACCCUUGUGAAAUGCAAAUUUCUUCUAAACUUACUGAAAAUAGAGCAAUUUCAAAGAUAAACCCCAGGAUUGGUAAAAGCUUUGGUUAUAAGCCAUCAGGAUAUUUGAAGGUUAAGGGUGAAACUGAAAAUCCUGCUAUCACUGCUGUGAAGAGGCAGAUAGGGAGGCAUUACAAAGAAGAUGGUCCGCUACUUGGUAUUCAAUUCGAUCCACUUCCACCUGGUGCAUUUGAGUUCCCAAGUAGCAAUACAGUCAAUGAACCAAUAUGCUUCGGAAAUUCCCGACAGACCCAUUAUCCUGAUAUCUCUGGAGUUAUAAAGCAGCCCAGCCAUAACAUUGUAGAUGUCUAUGAUUCCAAGAUUAGUUCUCAGGAUUGUCAUAUGGAGGUUGCCAAGUCUAUCACUGUGCAUGGAUCAGAAAGACGGGACAGAAAAUCUCAUCAUCAAUUAAAACAUAAGUCUGCAUUAGAUAUCGACAACUUUUCUGCCGAGAAAACUACUCUCAGUGAUUGCAAACGAACUACAAGCUCAAAGCUUGCUGUAGAAAAUACAGGACCGACUUCUUUUUCUAAUCAUCCCGGCCCCUAUGGUGUGAAAACUUCCAAUGAACAAGAAAAGCCAUGGUUGCAUGAUGAUGAUAAUCAUACCUAUAAGGCCUUAAAGAAUGGAAACCUAUCUAGAACUUCAAAUUUGAGACAUGGGUAUAGUGUGUCCCCGUGUACUGAGAGAGGGUCAUCUGCAAGGGUUGCAAAGGUUGAGAAACUUGGUGGAGAGUGGAAGACAAAAAAGGAGUGUCAUGUUAGAUUAAAAACCGAUCUGAAAAAUGAAUUGAGAGUCUCAAAACAAGUCGAUGUUCAAUUUCCUCAACAAGAUUGUAUGGCACAUGCUUCACAUGCCAAAUCGCCUCUGUUGACAAAUCAGACUAAAGGAUCUUCCAUUGAUGUACCGUCUAGCUUCAGUGAAGAUGAAGGUGCAGAAACUGAUUCGUCCACGGAUUGACAGUGGUCGGUGAUACAUAUGGUUAAUGGAUUGUACUGCUUAAUGGGUUAUCUUAUGACUCAAGUAGAUAUGCCAGUAUCGACGCAUGCUUUUGUACAGCUUGAGAGAAGUUUGUCUUCCAUGGUACUGACUGGAAAACACUGGU